AUGUACAGGCUCUUAGCAUUCGCCUUUGUGUUAUCGUUGGCCGCGUGUCAGCAACAAGAAGGAGCAAGACGUGUUCCAAAAUAUGCGGGUGAUCCUAAAACAGCCGCAAUUGUGCAAGAAGCUCGCUAUCUCAGUGGAAAUGGUGCCUUCGGCGCUGCUUACCAACAGGAAGAUGGUAUUGACUUUAAAGAGGAGACAGACGCUGAUGGCAACAGGAAGGGAAGCUACUCGUACAUCGACCCCACAGGACAAAGGAAGACAGUGAACUAUAUAGCUGGUAAAAAUGGAUUCCAAGCUAUCGGGGACCACAUUCCCACAGCUCCUCUACCUGUAGCUCCUACACCCGGUUAUCAGCCAGACCCUCGUUACAAUUCUCCCGACUACAAGUCACCUCAAUACAGCGCACCCCAACAGUAUUCCGCUCCUGUAGCACCUCGUAAUUACGGCGGAAAACCCAGUGUGGAUGAUGGACAAUACCACCCUGAACUGUACGAAAAUGACAACUAUGUUGCACCUCAACAGCAAUACCAGUCUCAACCUCAAUACCAACCCCAGCCUCAAUAUCAACCUCAACCUCAAUAUCAACCUCAACCUCAAUACCAGCCCCAACCUCAACCUCAAUACCAAUCUAACAACAUCUACCCAGGAGUACAACAAGCUCAGUACAGUGGAAUCCAGUCGCAACAAUACAAUUCACAGCCAGCUCAUCAAGAUUAUUACGAUGCCACCACACCACCGCCAUCCCGUUUCUUCCCACCAGGAAAAUUCAGCCUAAACCGCGCACCUGAUGGCUACACUUACUCAUUCCACAAAGUAUAA